AAGAAGAACCUACCGGUCAAACGAACUACCGUUCCUUGCGAAGCUUGCGAUGCAACCCAAGAGAUUCGCCUUCCUCGGUCCCCUUUAGCUUUCCCAGCUCGUCAAGUCAUUCUUCGUAACUUGCCGUGCUCGGAGUGGCCGCGGCCUCACCGUUUUCCAACUCAUAACCUCGUCUCUCGUCUCUCUCUCGGCGAAACGAGAAGAGAGAGUUUCUGGGAGUUAUCCGAUCGGUUCCGAGGAUUAGCAAUGGCGAGGCCCGCGAACAGGAUUAUUAAUGCCAAGCUGGUGGGUGCUCCUGGGGGACAUGGGAACUGGGAAAACAAGUUUAGUGCUGAGAUUCAUAAAAGGCCAAUUCUUUGAUAACCAGGAGCCAACAAUUGGAGCUGCAUUUUUCACCCAGAUAUUGUCAUUAGCCGAAGCAACGGUUAAGUUCGACAUAUGGGACACAGCAGGCCAGGAGCGAUAUCACAGCUUGGCCCCCAUGUACUAUCGAGGAGCAGCAGCUGCAGUUGUUGUAUAUGACAUAUCAAGCGUGGACACAUUUGUUCGAGCCAAAAAAUGGGUUGAAGAACUACAAAGACAAGGAAACACAAAUCUAGUGAUGGCGCUGGUGGCAAACAAAUCUGACCUGGAUCCGAAGCGUGAAGUGCAAAAUGAGGAUGCAGAGCAAUUUGCUCAAGAAAACGGGAUGUUCUUCAUUGAGACUUCAGCAAAAACUGCACAAAAUAUCAACAACCUUUUCUUCGAAAUUGCAAAGAGAUUGGCAAGAGCCUUACCACUAAGGACUGCAGGGAUAAACUUGAGCAGCGAAAGAGAAGAGAAGCGAAGAAAACGUUUCUGUUGCAUCGGGUGACCCGACAGCUGCAGCAGGAGUGACAGGAUCACCAAGGUUCAUGUAUAUAUAACUUGUGUGCCUUUUCUUCGGACACCAUUCUUAUGGUGUCCUGCUCUCUUGUACUGUUCAAAAUCGUGUGAAUUAUUUGCACUUCGGUUGCUCGCUUGCUUUAUAGGGAUCUGUCGGCAGUUGUACAAGAAGCCACACCAACACGAAAUUGUCACCAGUGGAGAAAGGAAUGAUCUCUCUCUGUUAGAUUAAGAUGUCAAAUUCAUGAAUUCUUUUUGAAACAUGUACAAGAGAACAAAGUAAACGAUAGAAUCCGACGCAGCAACUGUGCAAUGUGAGGCUGAAAUCAGCUUACAGGUAAAAACUCAGGACCAAAGAAAAAAGAGAAGACAACCUACCUAGAAAGGUACUACAUCUUUGGAGGCCAAAAGCCCCUGGGUACAUUUGAUUCAGCUUUUUAAGGGCUUUCGGCUAAGUGUUAACCUUGGGAAGCUAAAAGCUCAAUGUUAGUAGGGAGCAUUUUGCUUUCAGCAUUUGGCUAAAUGUUGAAACUGAUUUCCCUUUUCCAUCAUUACCCCCAUCAAUUCUUCAA